AUGGAUCCUUCAUCAUCUUCAAAUCCCAGCUCGAACCGACAGGAAUUGAUACGCAAUGCGGUCUUAUUCCUCAAUGAUCCAAAAGUUCAUUCAUCUUCACUCACAUCCCGAAUCCAAUUUCUAGAAUCAAAGGGAUUAAAUGAACCUGAAAUCCAACAGGCGUUAUCUCAAGCCUCGAAUAGCCCGGUUGGUGAAGGUGAUAGAGAAAGAUUAAAUGGAAGACCACCAAACGUUCCUAGGUAUAAUGGUGAAUAUGGUGAACCAUAUGGAUAUAGUACAGGGAUGAUACAUCCUCCUGAACCUCCAAGGCGAGAUUGGAGAGAUCUGUUUAUCAUGGCUGUCAUCUCUGGUGGGGUAGUGUAUGGCUUGACUGCAUUAGCGAAAAAAUACCUCUUACCUCACUUACAACCUCCUUCCACAACUUCGUUCCAAGAUACUUCUUCAGCUUUGACUCAAUCAUACGAUGAAGCCGCGAAACUUCUUACCGACUUGACGGAUCAAACCACGAAACUACAAUCGUCGAUCGAAGAAGACAGGGAAAGGGUCGGAAACGUUGUGGGUGAAGUUGAAGAAGCGCUUAGAAGUGUAAGGGAUAGUGAAGAGAGAUGGAGAGAGGAGAUGAGAGAUAUGAGAAGUGAAGUUGAGAGUGUAAGGGAACUUGUGCCGAAGAUGAUAGAGAAACAUUCUGCAUCACAAUCAAUGGCAUUAUCUGAUCUUCAAAAUGAAUUACGUUCACUGAAAACACUGUUGUUAUCUCGUCAAAACCAAAAUCAAGGUCCGAGUCAAGCUCAAUCGCAACAACCUCAGUCGAAUGGAUCCACGCAAUCAGGUGGAAUCAGUUCAACUACAGCAGCUGCUAAUGCAUUACUGACUCCACGAGGAAAAGGAAUUCCAGCUUGGCAAUUACCUUCUUCAUCAUCGUCAACAGGAACACCCAGUGGUAGUUCGACUCCCUUAAACGGAAGUGGAAUCUUGGAGAGGGGAGAUGAUAGACCCAAAGAGGAUGGAGUAUAG